CUCACUUUAACCCAUCGUUACCUGGACACAUACGGUUACUGUUACGGUUACCGCAACAGCUACAGCGCAUCACCCCCACAGUGAUCAUCAACUGAUCGUUCCCCCAUCCAUCACCUUUUAGCUUCUUUGUUCAUCUUAUUGCGGGUAACUGCAUUUCAACUAUCUCAACCGUCAAAAUGGUCACCAAACCAUACGAGAAGAAGCGACUUUACAUUCAGCAUCCAGAGGAGGACUACGCCAUAGUUAGCCAUCGCGUAACCCGAAUUGUGCCUCCUCCACCAAGGGAACCUUCUCCUCCUCCUCCUCCGCCUGUCAUCUACAGGCCUCCACUGCCACCACCUCCUCCACCACAGUUUUACCCGCCGCCGCCGCCUCCACCGGUUAUUGAGGUGCCUUGUUCGCCGCCUCCUCCUCCGCCUCCACCAGUCGAAAAGCCCAAGCCUAAGCCCGUGCCUAAGCCAUCGCCUCCUCCUGUAAUCGAGGAGCCAAGACCUUGCUCUCCGCCUCCCGAGGAGCCUAUCGAGGUUAUCGCUGUAGAUGUCGAGCCGCAUCACAAGAAGAAGAAGAAGCCCAAGUCUCGCUCUCGAAGCAGCCACAGCCAUCACAGCCGUCACUCUUCGUAUGACCACGACCGAGAGCGUGUCAUCGAGCGCGAGAGAUUUGUCCCUGUUCCAGUGCCUGUUCAAGUCGAACCGCGCUACGAGACCUACCGCUAUGUUGAGGGAGCUCGACGUCAGCAAUAUUCCCCUCCAUCACCACCUAGACGCAUGAUUGAGGAUGAUCGUAUGCGACUUCGCAUUACGGAUCGCGAGCGUGAAUACUAUCGAUGAUAUGGAAUAUCUGGAAUUAUACGGGAGAAGACUUACGAAUCUGUGUGAUGAUUAAUGACUUUGAUUUCACUUCACGGCUGAAUCUAGGGUACAAGAAGGAGUACUAUUUAAGGAGUUGAGGCAAAUUGAAUAUUUUAUACUAUCUUUUUGACAGAUACAGGAAUAUCUUACUUAUCAAUGACAAUAUACUUUGUGUUUUA